AUGGAAACAUUAGCUGAAAAUAGUCCAACAACAAUACCACUACAUUUGAAUUUAGCUACCGUUAUUGCUGUGGCAGAUGAAUCGAGUCGACAUAAUGCUCCUUCAAAUGCUUUAUCGAUUUUUAAAGAAGUCAAAAAGGCAAAUCAAAUGGACGGAAUUAAGAAAAUAUCUAUCAUAUUAUAUGGAAUGCUAGAGGAUCUGUUUCCAAGCGUUGCUGCAAUAGCACGUUGUUAUCCGCUUUAUAGUCGAUUAACCGAAAAUCGCGACAAUUUGGAAAACAUUCAAAUUGAAGUUGUUGCUGCUGGUGGCGAGAAGCUCACUGAUCGUGAUCUGUUGUUCCUCCAAACAUUAACAGAAUCGAUUCGAAAUACUGCUCGUCUAAUUGAUAUGCCAUAUAACGAGCUUAACACGGAACAGUUCGUUGCCGAAGCUAAUGAACUAAUUUCAACACUUCCGAAUAUACAAAGUACAAUUAUCAAGGGCAAUGAUUUACUUAAAAAGGGUUUUGGAGGGAUAUAUCAUGUUGGUAAGGCAUCUUCUUCACCACCGAUUUUCGCAUGCUUUAGCUAUAAGCCAUCAGGUGCUACGAAAACAUACGCUCUGGUUGGAAAGGGUAUAGUGUAUGAUACGGGUGGUACGCAGAUUAAAACCAAAACUUCAAUGCUUGAUAUGAAGAGAGAUAUGGGUGGUGCAGCUGCUUUGCUUGGUUCAUUUUAUACUUUGGUAAAAUUGGGCUUUAAACAAAACUUACAUUGUUUACUAUGCGUCGCGGAUAAUGCUAUUUCGCAUAUUGCAAACCGUCCGGAUGACAUCAUAACAAUGUUAAGUGGCAAAACGGUUGAAAUUACGAAUACAGACGCUGAAGGCCGUCUAGUAUUAGCUGAUGGUGUCUAUUAUGCAAAAAAUAUGCUCAAAGCUGAUACAAUAAUCGAUAUGGCGACGUUAACAAGCGCACAAGGAGUUGCAACUGGAAAGCUUCAUGCUGCUAUAUUAACCAAUAGUGAGGAAUGGGAGAAUCGUGCUUGUAAAGCUGGACGAGCAAGUGGUGAUCUUGUUCAUCCAUUACCAUUUUGCCCAGACUUACAUUUUUGUGAUCUGAUAAGUCCCGUAGCAGAUAUGCGAAAUUCAACUUUCGAGAAAAUCCAGGGACCUGGAAGCUCAAUUGCUGGUCUUUUCAUUGGAUCGCAUAUUGAUUUCGGAAGCGGUUUGAAUUGGAUACAUUUUGAUAUUGCCUAUCCUGUUCAAAGUGGAACUCGUGCAACAGGUUAUGGUCCGGCUCUGAUUUGCGCACUUCUUGCACCUGACCUGGAUGUACCGCUGUUGAAAACUUUGCAGUAA